AUGGACGCCGUCCACGCCGAGGCGGCAUCGCACGGCGUCAACGCGCGAUUGCGUCGCGUCGCGCGCCUCACCGUGGCGUACUCGGAGCCGAGCGAGCUUCAAGCGCUCCUGCGCGCGCACGCGGACGUGAUCGCGCGGUACGACCUCCUCGCGCUCGAGCCGUCGACCGAGCGCGCGUUCUCGUCCGCGUGCGCGAACGCGAGGGCGGACGUCGUCGCGCUCCCGCUGGGGAAUCGGCUGCCGUUCAGGCGCGUUGUAUACACUGGUUCCCAUACGACCGCGUUGGCACUGCGGCCGGCGACGCUCGCGGCGGCGGCGGCGAACGGCAUCGCGAUCGAGGUGGCGUACAACGCGGCGCUGUUGGACGUCGCGUCGAGGAGGAACUUCUUCGCGAACGCGACCGCGGUCGCGCGAGCGGUGGGGAGCGGCGUCGGCGGCGGCGUGAGCGGCGGCGGCGCCGCGGGGAAGGCGCCGGGGAUUCUUUUGGCGGGCGGCAGGCGCGAAGACGGCGCUCGCGCCCGGAACGCCACGGAGUUGAGAGCGCCGUACGACGUCGCGAACCUCGCGACGUUAUUCGGGAUGAAGGCGCGUUCUAUACACUGGUCCCCAUACAGCCGCGUUGGCGUGGUGGACGCCGAUCCUUAA